UAAAAUUUAAAUUAAAAUAAAAAAAAAAUUGCAAAAUUGUUUGUGCAAAAUUCUGUGCUGAAAACAGUAGUCAUCAUUUCCUCUUAACAUACAUUGGUAAAAUGCUUGUUACCACCUACCAACACGACUAUGUGCCGCCCUACACCAGACGCUACGAAUUCGUUAAGAAGCAAGCCAAAGCGGAGAGGGAGACGGAAGAAUGCCAAUGCAUAGAAACACCUAAAAUCGAGAUACCAAAAGCAGCACAGGAAAAAUGUGAAAGCGGUGCCGAAUGGACAGGUAUCGCGCCAAUGGGCCGACUCAUCGACCCGCGUAUUAUACCCACAAAAUUCGCCCCCGAGCAAGCAGAUAACUUAGCCAAGAAUCCGGAAGCUGAUUGCUUUAAAACACAACCUAAUCGCUUUUUGCAGAUAUUACGCACAGCAUAUCCAGAUCUGUAUGACCGCUUGAAGCAGAUGCCUAAAGAUGAGCUGAAUAGACGCUUGGAGCGUCAACGACUUUUUACUACAUAUCAAAUUGACUAUGGCAAUAUGAAUGAGUAUCCAGAGGGUAUUUAUGAGAGUCUCAAGGAAAAGGACAAUACAGCUCAGAUUAACGCUACGAAAUUGCUGCAAAAAGAGGACGCUUGUGAUGUGUUCCGCGCCAAUGUGAUGAAGGAAUUAGACAAUCAAACGCGUAAUCCCACCAUUACGGACCCGUGCGAGCACGCCUACAAGCCAUUCAAGAUCUCCUUUACCGAUAGUGCGCGUUUCAUAAAUAGCGGCAACAACUCACACUGGCGCAGCAAAGCCUUUGUUACACGCGCCAACUUCUCGGAGUAUAUGGAAACAAUCAGCCGAAAUGGUUGUGUCAUAAUCAAAAAUAAUCUGCAUGAUCAUAGCAAAUGUGGAAGUAAUGGAAAGCAUUGUCGUCACCAGUUGCUCAAUAACUGCAUAAAUACUGUAAGAUAA